CGUAACACGCGCUCUGCAGUCUCAGGUUAUCAGUGUUCUCCAGCUCACGUCCCUGGUCUGUCUGGGUUGUGUCUGCACCAUUAUCAUUAAGAAUGUUUGCCAUGCACCACGAAGCAAAGUGAAUGCUUGUGAAAGCCAAACCUCUACAAACCGUUAUACCAGGGAAGUGUUAACACUUCCCUGGUUAUACUGUACAUAGUAGUGAUAGUAUUUCACGUUAUUUGGAGCAGCUGUGCCGAUGAUUCUCGAAACGUGCAAUCGUUGUGAAUGUAGGUUCAUGCCUGAAAAUAUCAAAAGUAAUGUGGAACACCGUCUUUAGAACACUUUAAUAACAAAUAUAUUGUUGUACUGUUUUCUAUGAGCCGUCUCUUUAGAAUAUGGCUUCCUCUAAACAACACAGGAGAGUUAUUGUUAUUGGUGCUGGAAUCAUUGGACUGUCGUCUGCAGUGGCAAUAGCAGAGAAGAUCAAGAAUGUUGAUAUAGAGGUGAUUGCUGAUCUGUUUGAAUCAGACACGACUUCAUCAGGGGCUGGUGGACUGUGGGCUCCUGAGUUCGCUCAUGGUCUGUUACAAGGAGAUUUAGCAAGCAAGUUAAGAGACUUUGCGACACAGACGUACUAUCAUGCAAGAGAUCUAACAAGAAACCCGGAUUCAAGCCAGAUAGGUGUCUUUCUCAUCCCUUUCUACAAAGUGUACUAUCAUCCACAAAACCAGGCACUGCACUGGUGGAAAGAUGUUGUUCCCAACUAUCGGCAGAUAUCCAAUGAGGAAAUAAACACAAUUGCCCCUGGAUUAAGAGAUGGCUAUACGUUUACCUCAGUGAUAACAGACUGUUCUCGAUAUCUACCGUAUCUAAAAGAAAGAUUAAUUCGAGCUGGGGGAAGAAUAUCACAGCGGAAAAUAUCAUCUUUGCAACAGUUAACGGGCCAAUGUGAUAUAGUUGUCAACUGUUCAGGAAGUGGUGCACAGGAUUUGGUCUCAGAUGUUCAUGUGACUUCAAUUCGCGCUCAAGUUGUUCAGGUAGAAGCACCGUGGAUUCAUUAUGUACUUGAAGUAGAACCUGCUAACAGAACAGACAAAUAUAGAUUCUAUGUCAUACCACGUUGUAAUGAGGUUAUCCUCGGAGGAACUCAGUAUGAUGCUCCUGGAACUGAUGUUAGUCCGGAAGAUAAAGACGCCAUUUUAACUAAUACAGCCUCCUUCGUUCCAAGUCUAAAGAGAGCAAAAUUCAAGAGAGAUUGGGUAGGAGUACGUCCAAACAGAUCAACUGGAUUGAGGUUAGAGAAAGAAACCAUCACAAGUGGAUCGAAAGAGUUACAAGUCAUCCAUAAUUAUGGUCAUAGUGGUCAAGGAAUCACUCUUCAUUGGGGCUGUGCACUGGAAGCUGCUAAGAUGACUGAGGAGGCCCUUAAGAAAUCACAGACAAUAAAAUCCAAACUAUAACUAUUAAGUUCUUGAUAAAAAUAUACAAGCAAGCAGAUAUAGCUCUAUACAAUUUUUGUCAGUAUUAUUGCAACAGUAUUUCUUGAUUGAUCUGUAUACGUGGUGCUGAUAAUGUACUUAUUUGCUAGUUAUUAAUCCUUACUGGCCUAAUUGUGGUCCAGUGAUGAUGGUUGUCUUACCAUUUGAAUGAGUUUGCUAUUUCGAUUGACCAUUUUUGAAAGGGAAAGUUACAACUUUAAACCAUGCUAUGGUCACACAGGAUUUGCUUACAAUUAACCGGGCUUAAUUACCAUGGUAUUUUAUUUAUUUAAGAUUAAUAAUCAAAUGAACACCUUUGAUGGAAGAUAUAAAAAUGUGCAAUUAAAAAGUAGGAUUCAAAACUGUCUGGGGCAAAAACCUUUGCCGCGCUUGGUAGGACCAUGCUGUAAAUCACACUAAUUAUUCAUCAUUAUCAUGUCAAGGGGGUGGAGUUUGGUCACUCUUAUCAUCAAAUGCAUAAAAGGACACUGGUUAUAAUUCGAAAUAUAAUUUGUAUAUUCUAUUUACUUUCCUAUCACAAAACCAUGUUUCUAUUUUCAUCAUGACAACUCAGGAAGCUAUCUGCACGGAACCACAAAUUAAGAUGCUGAAGAUUAUCCUAAUUUCUUACAGUAACAUAAUGUGUACUAUGUAAUGGUUGUCCUUCACAAGAAAAUCUAUCUGUGUGAUGGACGAUGGCUCGUAUCGUUGAAAUAUAUUUUCUUCAUAUGGUGUUCACUAUACUUGAACAAAAUAUGUAAACAUACAUGGAAGGAAGUCAAUUUGAAUUUGAACUUAUACAAAAUGCGCUCGCGAUAUUUUUAGUUUGAUAUACUGAAAGUUUUACCUAUUUCCCAAUUAUUCCCGUCCCCUUAUUUCCAUGGUCCUGGGAAGCGGGGAUGCUCUGGGUAAAGCACCCCCAAAAUGCAUCUGGGGUGCUACGUGUAUUGUUCUCCAUUAUAGGCAGCACCCCCAAGUAUUCUGAAAGAUGUGUAAGAAUUAAAACAUGUAACCAAAAUGACCUUCAGUUUGUAGUAAAACUUUUUUUUGCUUGUUAAUUUCUCGGGACCAAAUGGAUCUUAAUUUGUAGUGAAGACCUUUUUUUUUCUUUUUUCCUUUUUUUUAGCUUUUCACAUUUA